GUGCUUCCGGGAGGAGGUGCAGGCUAUGUCGUGCAAUAUGGGUUUACCAGGAAGAGAAUACGAAUAAAACCCUGUGGUGAAUCAGAGCGACUUGAUAGAUUCAUGGUGUUAAGAUUACCAUAAAUUUAACGUUUGUUUACUGCGAUUACAUGCGUAGCCUAGUACUCUAACGAAGAAUCGAUUGAAAAUGAGAGGUUCAUGAAUUCAGCAACACGACACAGAAGAAAGCAAGAUCUACUCAUACAAUGAGACUGAAGUUGGAGCUGUCUUGAUGUGUUGCUCUCACUGAACCCCAAGCCCUCUUACAGAAUGCAGCCUGCUUGCCAGCAUGGCACCUCCGAGCUCCAGCUGAAAGUGGACUUUUUCCGCAAGCUGGGCUAUUCACCACAAGAGGUACAGUCGGUGCUGCUGAAACUAGGCUUGGACACGGACACGAAUGCUGUACUGGGGGAGCUGGUGCGUUCUGGAGCCAGAGAGUCACCCACAACGAGUCAGGAGAGUGAUGAUGGAAGCUCUGGAUUUAGCCACCACGGAGGAGGUGGAUCCAGAAGUAAAGAUCUCCAAAAGGACAUUCAAUGCUCACCAGCAGUAGAUGAAAUUGACAGUGACCUAAAACCCAUUGUGAUUGAUGGAAGCAAUGUGGCUAUGAGUCAUGGAAACAAGGAAGUUUUUUCAUGUCGUGGAAUUGAGCUGGCAGUUAACUACUUCCUUGAGAGAGGACACAGGAACAUCACAGUUUUUGUGCCCUCAUGGCGAAAAGAGCAACCAAGGCCAGAUGUCCUCAUUUCAGAUCAGCAUAUUCUAGCAGAGCUGGAAAGGAGAAAGAUAGUUGUUUUCACACCCUCCCGGCGGGUAGGAGGUAAGCGAGUGGUCUGCUAUGAUGAUCGCUUCAUCGUCAAACUUGCCUAUGAUCUGGAUGGCAUUAUUGUGUCCAAUGACACCUACCGUGACCUUCAGAGUGAGCGGCUUGAAUGGAAGCGCUGUAUUGAGGAGAGGCUACUCAUGUACUCCUUUGUCAAUGACAAGUUCAUGCCACCAGAUGACCCACUUGGUCGUCAUGGCCCAAACUUGGAUAAUUUUCUCAGAAAGAAACCUCUGCUACCAGACACCAAACGCCAGCAUUGUCCUUAUGGAAAGAAAUGCACAUAUGGAAUCAAAUGCAAAUUUUAUCACCCUGAGCGAACCAGCCAGUCACAGCGUUCCCUUGCAGAUGAACUGAGGGACAAUGCUCGCCUGUCCAGUUCUGUCCACUGCUGUUCAAAGGAGAGCCGAAGAUCAGGAGCUUCCCUUAGAGGGCCCUGCCACACUGAGUCUGGUUUCAGUUCAUACUUUCCAUCUUUAGAGCAAGAGCUGGAGUACAAGCUAUCCCUGGAAUCUGCUGUUUGUGUGACAAGAAACCAACUCAGUGAAAGCAUGCAGCACUACUGGGAUGAUGUUCCUACAAAGUACCAGGCCUGCAAGCCAGCUAGCCACACUCCUCUGGACUGGCAUAGUCUGUACUCCACAUACCUUACUAAUCCUUCAUCUAGCUCAGAUUCUGGACUUGGCUCCUAUGAGAGCCAGUUUUCAGAGGCAUCUCAAGGACAUGAUGAUUCAUGUAGGAUUAGCUCUAGGCAUAACAACAGGUUUUAUGAGCAACAGGAUGCACCUUUUGUUUGCACUUGCUCUUCUGAGUCAGUUGUCCAACCAAGCAUCCAUCAGUACCCUCAUUCCCAUCAUCCACCCAAUGGCUUUGAUUAUGGUGCACUGCAGUUCCGUAGACCCUCUAGCAAUCGAGCCUACAGCCUUCCCAAUUACAUGCAGCCUAAUGAGCUCCAUCACAGCCAACCAAAAGCUGGUCCUGACACAGUGUGGCUCCCUCAGACUCGCACAGCUUUUAGUUUACCCAACCCUCGUCAUGCUAUUGGACCCCACAGACCUGCUGACAUUUAUGGGAGCAGCCAGGGAGUGCUCAGUCUAAACACUGUUCCAUUUGAGGCAGAGCGAGAAGAGACGAGGAAGAAACUCCAUGCAAUUUUUAAUCCCCAUCUUGUGGAUAAGGUUAUGGGAAUGUUCCCAAAGCUAAAAGAUGCCCAACAACUUGCAGCAGAGAUUCUCAAGCUCAAGUCCAAAGGCGAGUUGUUCUAAUUGUUCUAUGCUCUAUGGUGAUAAAGAGAUACUUUAAUAAGUGCAGCGCAUAUCUUUUUCUCAUAUGAAACUGAGCUCAGGUCUAAACAUUGAAUAACUCUGAAUCUUAUGAAAUGUAUUAUUGCUGUCUCCCUUAACAAUGUUUUAAUUCUUUUGUUGGAUUAUUUUGUCUUUGGCUUUGGUCAGAAGUUUUAAGGUUAAUUAUACCUGAAUGUCAUAUCACAUAGUAAAUGUGAUGACUAUGUAUGACAUGAAAGUCAAAUUGUGUCUACGAAAGUUGUUCAUUUUUGAUUACAGCAUCUGUAUCAUGUUGUGUUGUUAAAUGUAUUGAUAAGAGUCGUGCCAUAUUUCUUAAAUGUUUGUUGUUGAUGCACAUUGCAUCCUUUUAAUAUUUCUAAUUUGGUGGGUUAAGAUUGUGGCCCACAGAUGUUUUUAAUAUUGUUCAAUGUAUCUGGCAGUUGUUAAACUACUUUCAGAAAUAUAAUAUUGUAAUAACUGUAUUCAGCCAAACUUUUUUGUACAGUAAUUUCAGUUUUAACACUAUUAGUUGGUGCUGAAUUGUUCUUUAACCAGUGUAAAAAAAUAAAGUUAAUUUACUAAACAGG